AUGUUUAUCGUCUUUGGAUUGAUUGUGAUGGCUUAUGGACAGGAGAAAAUCGUUGCUACAGGUAUGAUGAAACAGAGUCCAAACAGUGGGGCAAAGCAACACAAUGAUGAAACGAUACAAAUGAUGCACGACGCUCAAGAGGAGAGCAUUCAAAAAUCAAACUUUUCAAUCUCAUCAUGGCAAGAUUUGAUGAAAGAAAGAGUUGAAAAUCAUUUCAAAGAAGACACACAAGGAGGAGACAAUUCAACCAGUCAU